AUGCAAAAGAAGGGUGUAUUGGAACUAGAAGGAGUGGACACUAUCUUGGCACAGAACAAGUUGAUGCACCAACAGAUCCAGCAACAAAUGGAAAUGAUGGCUAAGAGAAUAGAUAGCCUCCAACUAGCUUCAGUGAGCACAACAAAUCAAGCUUCAAUUGAAUGGGGUCAAAAUGAAGCAGGCAAUAUUGAGCAGCAACAAGAACAAGUUCAAUACAUGCAAAAUACCUCAAAUCCUUCUCAAAAUGACUUCCAUGGUGACACAUACAACUCAUCUUGGAGGAAUCACCCCAACCUGAGAUGGGGUGACAAUCAAAAUUCAUGGCAGAGAAACCACAAUUUCAACAACUCCCGUAACACAAACAACCAAAAUCAUUCACCCAGUAACACUAACCAAUACAAAAACUCACAAAACACAUAUCAUCCACCUCAUAACAACUCACAAACUCACCAAAAUAACUUUUCCACACUUCCAUUCAACUCACAAAAUAACCACCUCAAUGCUCCAAACAACCUCCACCAGCAACCAUCACCUACCAUACAACCGCAUCCAGAUUCCCAGAGGAUCUCUAACUUAGAGAUGUUAAUGGAGAAACUCAUCAAGACUCAAGAGAUGGCAAGACAAGAUCAAGCUCUGACACUCAAAAACCAAGAUGCAUCUAUGAAAAAUCUUGAAAGACAAAUGGGACAAAUGGCCAAACAUAUCACAGAGAUAGGUGAGAAGCGAGCACUCCCUAGUACCACUGAAGACAACCCAAGGGACACAGGAAAAGCCAUAAAAUGGGAGGAGUGCAAAGCAAUCACUCUGAGAAGUGGGAAGAAGGUGGAGACAGAAGCCAUCACUAAAGAAGAGCACAACAAAGAAGGCUUAAAAGAGGAGGUGAGGGAACAAAAGCAGGAGCAAGAAACCUCUACACAAAGUGAUAAAUUAGCUAAGAAGGAGGAAAUGAAAUCAUAUCAACCAAUGAUUCCAUACCCUCAAAG